GUCAAAAUUAAAUUGUCAAUGUCACGUCAGAUUCCACACAAACAAAGACGAAAAGUGUUGUGCAAAGCAAAUUUAUUUGUUUUUUUAUUACCAAAAUAAAUACUGAAUAGUUAAACAAUGAGUACAGAGAAACACGAAAUUACAACAAAGGAAGACUGGAUUAAAUUGCUCGAGGAUAACGACGCAGGUCGCAGUAACAUGAACAAAUUGAUCAUGAAUUACUUAGUAACAGAGGGAUUCAAAGAAGCAGCUGAAAAAUUCCAGCAAGAAUCAGGAAUAGCACCUUCUGUGAAUCUUCAUUCUCUGGACGACAGAAUGCGUAUAAGAGAUGCUAUCAUGAAUGGCAGAAUUGAAGAAGCCACAACAUUGAUAAAUCAAUUACAUGCUGAGCUAUUGGAUAACGAUAGAUAUUUGUAUUUUCAUUUGCAACAACUUCAUCUUAUAGAACUCAUAAGAAAUAACCGCAUAGAAGAAGCCUUGUCUUUUGCUCAAAGUCAUUUGAGUGAAGCUGGUGAAGAUAAUCAAGCUGUUUUAACCGAACUAGAAAGAACAAUUGCUUUAUUAGCAUUUGAAGACCCUUUAAGCAGCCCUUUUGGUGACUUAUUAUCACCAUCGCACAGGCAAAAAGUGGCUAGUGAAGUUAAUGCAGCUAUACUUAAAAUGGAACAUCAAGAACCUACUGCACCGAAAAUAUCUACUUUAUUAAAACUUAUAUUGUGGGCUCAAGAGAAAUUGAACAAGAAAAAUGUAAAAUAUCCUAGAAUGACUGAACUGGCUAGCGCUACCAUUUCUGAUCCUAAAUGAUGUUCAAUUUUGUCUAUUUAUAGACGUACAAAUUAUGGACAGAACUUUUCGGGAAAUAAUGAUUUUUUACCUAAUUAGACCACUCGACCUAAUUCAGGAAUUUUUGUUUAUAAAGUAGAUGGAUAAUAUUGUAUCAAAAUAAAAUAGCGAUAAUAAUAAUGAUAACUGAUACCUAAUAUGUGAAAAGAAGAUUUUUCAUUAUAAAUUAUUCAUUUCAUUGCCCUAGUUUGCAAGGUAAGAUCUUUAUUAUAUUAGAUGCAAUGAGUCAAUUUUAAUGCAAUAGAAUGAAAUGUCUAGAAAAACUCUUAAGGUUAAAUAGAGAACAAAAAGGAUACCUCCAGCAUUUCCAGCGCUGCAUGCUGUAGGUGGAACAGGGGAAAUCGUUUUUGUUCUCUAUUUAACCUUAGGCUUUUGUAGACUUUUCAUUCUAUGUCAUUAAAAUUGGCCCGUAAGAUGCUGAGUUAUCAGACCUGUACAUAGAGUGGUCAAAAUAACUUUCCAAAUAAACAUCAAAAAAUAAAAUGAUUAUUUAAAUACCUGAUUGUACGUUUAUAAUAAAGAACAUAUUUAUAAAUUUAGAUGUAAUUAGGGUAGAUGGUAGAUUUAUUAUAAAAUUUACCUCCACUCGUUAUUUUUUAAUUUUCUCGUUUUGCUACAAUAUUUAUUUAAAAAAAAUAAUAUAGGAAAUUUAAAUUAGAAUUAUUUCAUUUUUCUUGGACAUAAUUUCAACUUCUGGCUAUGUAAUAAAUGUGAAUACAGUACACGCUCUAUAAUAUGAACACUCAUAUAAGUGAACAACGCAGUUUUGUGAACACAAUACUUUGUAUAUUGGGUACUUAAUAACGUGAACAGCAACACACUCGACAAUAUGAACUAUUGGUCAAUAUUAAGGUCAAUAUGUUUCAAUUGGAUUACUUUGGCGAAUUGAAAGUUUUAUUUGAUUGGGUUGCAGUUUUUUAGCAUGCCCGAACGAAAAUUUUCUAGAACCAUGUGAUAAUCGUGGGGCAACUUUUUCUUUUCACUUGAUGAUUUAUUAAAGUACUCACAUGAUAUUCUCUAGAGUUUCGUAGAAAAACAACUAAACAAAAAUACCUCACUAGUCACUUCCCAUCUUUGCAGUGGGCACAAAGAAUUUACUUGAUAUUGAAGAUAUUUUCACUGAAAUUACAAACCAGUCAAAGCGUUUUUGAUUGGUGCAAAUAGCUAACAACCAGUUUUCUGACUAUUUCCAACCAAUGAAAUUCGCUCUGACUUGUUUUGUGAUUUCUGUGAGAACAGACCUAUAGUUAACGUUUUGUGUACUUUUGUUCAAACUUUCCGGUAAAUCAUAAUCAUAUGUUUAAAUUUUUGUUUAGUUUAAACUAUUUAAACAGAAAAAAGAUACAUUCAUUGAUGUAAACAAUCAGUAAUGUGAAAAGGGUCUGUACUUUUCAUGUUAACGUUAAGAACCAUUGGUCAAGCUUAGGAUUAUUUGACUCAAACCUUAUUUUGCGAACUAAUGGCCAAUCCGCAACUAUGAGUUUGAAAACCAGUGCAGGUUACCACCAAUAAUUAUUGUGAAACUAAGCCUAAGUAUAAGUGUCACAGACAAACUAAAUUUAUGUCUCGUUCUAAAGCUCACGAUAGCUACCUUAUUUUAUAUGAUUUUCAAUAAUAUUGUUCCAGAUUUCAUAUAAGUUUUAUUGGAUUUAUAAUCCGCUAUAUACAA